CAAGCCACCAUUUCAAUACUUGACGUUACUUUGUUUACUGGCUUUCUAAAUUGUAAAUUCAAUAUAUUUUCUUUUGCAAACAGAUGUGGAAUAUUGGGAGAUUAUUCUUUACUCAGUAUCGAAAUUGAAGAUCAACAAAUUAAAAACGUAAAUGGUGUGAGAAUAUACAAAUUCUUUGUGAAAUCACUUGCAGAUAUAGACAAAUUGCCGAGAUAUUUAGAUAUCGAUAUAUUUCAAGAAGAAAUUAAUUUUUUCAAUCAAAUUCAACCAUUAAUGAUCCAAGAUUAUGAUGGCGAAAAAUGGUCUCCUACUUGCUAUUUAGCAAAAAAUGACAUCCUUGUUUUGGAAGAUUUACGCGAACAAGGUUUUACAUUGCGAUCCCAAGAAACGAUGGAUAUAAAUAGCUUGAAAUCAGCAGCAGCAACGUUGGCGCGUUUUCAUGCGUGUUCCGUCCUGGCGGAAAGAAGAUUAGGAAAACCUUUAAAUGAAGCAUUUCCAACAUUCUUUUCAGAAAAAAUAUGCAAUAAUACCAAUAAAUUUGGACAAGUCGCGAAAGUUGGCUAUGAAACCCAAAUUUUAAUGGCGAAAAAGUUCAAUCUUGAUACAACUUUUAUAGUUCCUAAUAUUUAUGAUUAUGUGUCCGAAAUGGUAAGGCCACAAAAAGGAGAAUUAAACGUCGUUUGUCAUAGUGAUCUUUAUAAAUAUAAUAUAAUGUUUAAUGGUAAUAAUGCUGCUCUGAUAUUAGAUUAUCAGCUUUUGCGUUAUGCCAGUCCAGUUAUCGAUUUAAGUUUACUUUUACAUUUAAAUACGACACCCGAGUUUCGAAAAACAUCAAGCAUCAAUAUAAUGAAACAUUAUUACUCGGUUUUUAACGAUACGUUGCAACGAAGUAAACUACAAAUUAACAUUCCUCCUUACGAAAACAUGAUCCAAAUGUACCAUAAAUGUAAAAUAGUAGGAAUGGCAACGUCCGUCGAUUAUUUAGCUUCUUUAUACUUAAGUCCUAAACUUCGUUUCAAGAUUUGGAAUGAAGAAAAAGUUCUAGAACGUUUUCUGAUUCAUAGCAGAAUUGAUAUUCUUGGUCCUGAACUUGAAACAAAUAUUGAUUACGCGAGAAAAAUGAAAAAUAUUCUGUGUGAAUAUUUGGAUGAAGCCAAGCGAGUAUUGAAAUUAUAACUCAAAUUAUAACCAAUUAUGAUCAAAUGUUUCUUUAAAUAUCUUAAAAAUACGUAUUAUGUUUUUCGCUUAAUUUUUUCAUGAAGAAAUCUUUUGUAGAAGAGAUUAACUUUGACAAAGAAACUUUAAGUACUGAUGCUGAUAGAUUAUGCGGUAUUACAUGAUCGUGGAAUGUUAUUGUUCAAGAAAAAAUAUUUUUAUAUUAGAUUUGCGUACUGAAGGUUUUGCUAUACACAACAAACAGACAAUGAAUGAGAGGUUAUUAAAAUGAUUAAAAUCUGCAAUUUGUACAAUCUAUAUGUCAUCGUAAUUUAUGCAUAUUAUGUAAAAGAUGUAA